UCGGGGCGCGAGAGGCGCGACCAGCGACAGCGGGAACAGCGGGAGCAGCGGGAGAGCCAGCGGGACGCGUCGCUGAUUGGCGGCCGCGCGCUUCGUGUGACACUUGCGAUUCGAUGUCUGCCCUGUGGUGCGCCUUCGCCGUUGCAGCGUAGGUCAUAUGAUUCUGUCAAUCGGCCUCACGCGAAAUUGACAAGUUGUCAGUGUGCGCAAAUUGUCGUCCCGGCCAGCGAUUGUCGGGUCACGUCUCGCGCAUACGUGUACGUAUGCGAGUGAGCGCGAACGGCGGUAAAGGCGUCAGUUAACAGCGUCGUGGCCCUACGUGCUUGGAGAAAAUGUCACUUUUCGGAGUGGGCAAUCCCUUUUCCACGCAAGUGGGACAAAAGAUCGAGUCUGCUACGGAUGGUAGCUUACCCAGCGAGAACUGGACGCUUAACAUGGAGAUAUGUGACAUUAUAAACGAAACCGAGGAUGGGCCGAAAGACGCUAUCAAAGCCAUCAAGCGCAGACUCAAUCAGGCGGCGGGCAAAAAUUAUACCAUAGUCAUGUAUACGCUUACCGUGUUGGAGACAUGUGUGAAGAAUUGUGGAAAACGUUUUCACGCUCUCGCUUGCUCGAGAGAGUUUGUGCAGGAUCUAGUGAAGCUAAUCGGCCCCAAGAACGAGCCACCUACAGCGGUUCAAGAGAAAGUUUUAAGCUUAAUCCAAACCUGGGCAGAUACAUUCCGUCAUCAGCCGCACACUCAAGGUGUCGUGCAGGUUUAUCAGGAAUUAAAGAUAAAGGGCAUACAGUUCCCGAUGACCGACCUGGAUGCAAUGGCACCAAUUAUCACGCCGGAAAGAAGUGUACCUGAAUCUGAGCAAAUUCCGGCGACCCUCGCUACGAAUGAGCAGCCCGCAUCUUUGGGAACGCAGCACCUACCUUCUCAAACGCCACAGUCCGUUGGCCAGUUGACUCAAUUAAGCGAACAGCAAUUGGCCAAAUUACAAAGUGAACUUGACGUCGUUCAAGGAAAUAUGCGCGUGCUGUCGGAAAUGUUGGCGUACUUUACGAGUUCGGAUCAAAGUUCCAAGCAACAGCCGGAUUCUGCGGAUCUUGAACUAUUGAACGAACUUCAUUCCACGUGUAAGGCAAUGCAGGAGCGUGUCGUCGAUUUGAUCGGUAAAUUGGCCCACGACGAGAUGACAGCGGAAUUAUUACGCAUUAAUGACGAAUUGAACAAUCUGUUUCUUCGUUACACGCGUUAUACGAAGAAUAAGAUGCAAGUACCGGCGAGCGCUAUAUUGGCCCAGACGAUUGCGCAUCCACCGAAUGCUGAAGCGACUCCAACUCGUGCUAAACGAGAAGCGGAAUCGCUUAUAGAUUUAUCCGACGACGUGGACAAUUUAGCAAAGCGGAUGAAUGAACUCGAUGCGGCUGAGGGUGUAGAUAAAAGCCCGCGACAAAAGGAGAAGAAAGAAGGGGACAACGAUGAAUUUGACAUGUUUGCACAGUCGCGCAAUGCAACGUAUGAGACAACAAAAAAUAGCAGCAGCAAGUAUGAGGAUAAUUUGGAGCAGGUGAGAGGAGGGAGCUUAAGCACGGCAAUUCUCAACCGCAAUAAUCCUAAAUUACCUCAACAGACCGCUGCUAGUGCUAGUCCGAGUCUGGAAUCUGAAUUCAAUGAAAUGGCAGCUUGGUUAGAUCGUACACCUGGAGCACAAGGGGAUCAAGAAUCCUUAACGUCGUCGGAGUUCGAGCGCUUCUUGGCAGAACGUGCAGCCGCGGCUGAAGCUUUACCAACGCUCUCUACAGCCACAACUGCCACGUCGAACACUUCGACUACCGGUAACCAGAACAUUCAGCGCCAGAUUAACAAAGAUCAAGACAAAUCUUUAUUCGCUCUUUAAGUACCUUGAAACUGUUUGUUGUGAAAAAUAGGGGGUUAAACUUACCGGGACUGCCGUGCUACUUUAAACGGCACGCAUCUACGAUUUUUCCCUCCGAACAAAAUCGCGCUCCCGACGUCGUCGACAAUUUAAACUAUGGAUUUGUAUUUUUAACAUAAGGAGCUGAAUAAGAUAGAAAUGCAAAGACGGUAAAGAGGGAAAAAAAGUACACAUACACACACACACACGUGAAUAAAUGCUUUGUGCUUGUACGUACUUAAUAAGGUAACUGAUGCUAUGCAGUCACGUUUGAGAUAUCGUUUCGGUUAUAAAAUUGUGGUCAUAUACACACGUAAUGUAGAUAAGUUGCUUUAAAGUUGUUCUCUGAACCAUUACUGAAUUUGUUUCUUACGUAAUAAUAGCGUGUUAAGCGUUUAAUUUACAUUUGUACAUAGACGACACCGCGUCCAUGGAAAUAUCCAGAUUAUGUCGCGACAGGUUUUUUCUUUUCCAUUACGAUAAAAUUUUGCCUCGGAGUCGCGAGUCGAGCGCGUGAGAUCCGCCAUUGGACGAAAUUUUCGGACUGACACGUGGAUAUCGGGACGAGUAUCCAGUUGAAUAAUCGAUCUUAUCUACAUAUUGACAAACUAUUUUUCUAUGUUGAAGUAAAUUUGGUCUCUCAGCUGUUUGACAUUCUAUAUACAGAGAUACAUUUUGCAGAUUUAUUAUUAUUUUUACUAUUAUAAUUCCUACUACUGUAGAGACUUUGUAGAGACUUUACUAUUGUAGAUUAAUAUGAAUUAGUAGCAUGAAUUUAUUAUUACUGCUAUUAUUACUGCAGUUACGUGUAAUAAUAUUAUAUAAAUGAGUAAUAUAUUCUGAAAUUAUUAUAAACGCAGCAGUAACAUUGGUGAUUAGAGAUUUUUUUUUUAUCCUACGUUUGCAGCUUUGAGAGAGGGAGAGAGGGGAACUCUUGUUUCUUUUCUUUUUCGCUUUACUCCUCGGGAUUUUAUCGAUUGCCUCCCCCCAACAUUUAGUACCGAUGUACUUCCUAUCUUAUAUUUGCUUACGUUUUUACUGUGUAUUUACGCAUACUUGGUGCAAAUAGGUGGCUAAAAGAAACAAGUACACCUGCGGUGCCUGUAUUAACUGAACUUGCAGUUGAUAAGGAGUUGAUCUGUACUCUUCACUUACGCAGAGAAAUAAAACUGUGCAUCACAACCAAAA